GUUGUUUAUUUGGAUGUCAUGCAAAGUGUCGAACUGAAUGAGUGGCGAUGAAACUAUGGAGUAAGAAAAUUCGGAUUUAAAGUUAUUUUUACAUCGAAAAAAACGUAAUGGCAGAUGUAGUGGAGAAGGGUGUCUCAGAGGACAAGCCUGUGGAGCCUGUGCCCGAAAACACCUACACAAUUAGGCCGAAUUUUAUGCAUAAAUAUCGCCCAGCAACUGCCAAGGAGGCAAUUCAUGUGGUAUUGAAUGAAAUGUUGGCAGAGAAGCAGUAUGAUGCUGAAGAGACGACCGCUUGGUGUAAAGAAAUCAGCUCCGAGAUCAAAGAGAAACUUAAAGCUCUUGGACUUGAUAGAUAUAAGUACAUCGUUCAGGUGGUGAUAGGGGAGCAGAGAGGUGAAGGAGUCAAGAUGGGAUGCAGAUGUUUCUGGGAUUCCGACACGGACAACUAUGCUCAAGAUAUCUUUAUGAAUGAUUCAUUAUUUUGUGUAGCUGCAGCUUUUGGGGUAUUCCACUACUAAACGAGGGAUGUGAACUGGUGUGUUCCACUUGUAGACAAGGGGUGAUAAAUGGAAGAGGAGGCAAGAUGGAAUUUUCUCAGGACUCGGUGAAGCACCAAAGUGGUGCUUCAUUAUUUUAAACAUAAAAAAUGUGAUCAUCUAGUUGGUUGGUGUUUGUAUUGGACACGCGAGGAUGAAAAUUGUAUUUUAAAAAUCCGCUGAUGUUAAUAUGUACUGUACUUUGUUUGGGGGUGGAGGGAUGGACUAGGCAGGCCUGGAGUUUCAUCUUUGAGAGGGCAAGGCCAUUUUCAUUUGCCAAGGGGGCACAUCCACUUUAAACUUUUGGAGGGGUAGGCCUACCAAGGCAAAGACCUGGGCAUCGGGACCAUGGCCUCUCUGACCUUCGUGGAACAUCAGGCCCGAAUAUGUGUAGCUGUUGUAUAAAUACUGCCAAAAAAAAGUUUAUUGUCACAAAUGUUUUGGUCCCACCAGAGCCUAUUUCAGUUUAACCUCUUAAGACUCUUUUAAGGUCGAAACGUGAGUCCAUCACCACCUUUGGCAUGUACAUUUUGUACACCUGGUUUUGUUUUAUUUAGUUGUACAAUCUCUAGCUUUUUUUUUUUUUUUUU